CGAGUCACCGCCAGGACAUGGCAAGAGCCUGUAGGACGACGCCGGUCGUCGCCGGGCGCCUUCAGGCUUGCAUCGUCGCCGCCGUCUGGGCGCUCCUCCUCGCGACCGACGUCGACGCCCGUGACGCCCAGACUGUCAGCGAAUGGGCGGAGACCCUGGGGACCGAGCUCUGGGACCUGGCGAACGCGGUGGCGAGGCCGGACGAGCUCAAGGCUAAAUACAAGGAGCAGAACACGCGGGUGGAGGAGAAGUCCGGCGAGGAGCUGAUAAGCGUGAUCAGCGAGAGCGUCGGUCGAAUGCUCAGAAGAAAAAUGGACGCCGUGAGGUGCAUCCUGCAGGUGGCCGAGGAGGCAGCCGAGGAGUGGAACUCGUCGGCGCCGUUGAACCUGACCUACGUCUCAGGGAAGUACAGCACUGUGGAGGACGUAGGGCCCGGGUCCGACGUGCCGGAGACCAUGAAGCCCGAUCAGUACAUGUACAGGAACAUCUCGCUCAAUCGAGACUCCCAUUUCUACAACAUCCCCGUGAACACGAAUUUCUCGUCCGUCCACGUGCCGACGAUCGUCUACGAUAAGUCCCCAACAGUCGCCGAGGCGAUUGCCUGGUCGGAGACCCUGGACGACAUCUUCCGACAGAAUUACAGGACCGACCCGGCCCUCUCGUGGCAAUAUUUCGGCUCGACAACAGGAAUUUUGCGGCAAUAUCCUGCCAUGCAGUGGAAAACCGGAGUCUCAGGGGACGAGGUGGACCUCUACGAUUGUCGAAUCCGUAGUUGGUACAUCGAGGCGGCGACCUGCAGCAAGUACGUAGUCAUCCUCGUCGAUAAUAGCGGCAGCAUGACCGGCAUAGGAAAAACCAUCGCCAGGAGAACCGUCGACGCCAUCUUCGACACCCUGUCGAACAAUGACUUCGUCACUCUGCUGAACUACUCGAAGAGCACCGAGGACGUGGUAGACUGUUUCAAGGACAUGCUGGUCCAGGCCACGCCGGAGAACCUGGAGGUCUUCAGGAAGCACGUCAUGGACUUCAAGCCCGAUGGUAUGGCGAACCUCACCGAGGCCCUCACCAGGGCCUUCGAGCUGCUGGCCAAUUUUAGGGAAUCUCGCGGUUGCGGAAGGGCGACACCUUGCAACGAACUCAUCAUGCUCGUAACUGAUGGCGUCUCUGGGAACAUGACCGAGGUGUUUCAGACCUGGAACUGGCGGGAUAACGACACGUACAUCCCCGUCAGAGUCUUCACUUAUCUUCUGGGCAAGGAGGUCACCAAGGUCCGCGAGAUUCAAUGGAUGGCUUGCCUUAAUAGAGGAUAUUAUACUCAUGUUCAUACGUUGGAGGAAGUUCGGGAACAGGUGUUAAAAUACAUCCCCGUGGUCGCCAGGCCGUUGGUCUUGCAGGGCGAGCAACAUCCGGUCGUGUGGACCCACGCUUAUGCUGAUAUCUCGGAAUUCAACAGGGCGGAGGUUUGCGAGUUCUGCGAGAGCUCCGGCAAUAACUCCUAUUUACAGGAGUACCGAUUGUUGACGUCGGUCAGUAUCCCGGCGUUUGACAAGAGGGGCAAUCGAAACAACGCCACUAGGUUGGCCAACUUGCUGGGAGUCGCUGGCACCGACGUGCCGAUCGACGAUAUCCGGAAGCUGACGUUGCCGUACAAACUCGGAGUCAACGGCUACGCCUUCAUCGUGUCCAACAAUGGAUACGUGAUUCUGCAUCCCGACCUGCGGCCAGUUUCACAGGGGAACCUUAAACUCAACUACAACAGCGUGGACCUGACGGAAGUCGAGAUCCUCGACGAUGGUAGGGGACCAAGAAAUCCUGGACCGGAGGUGCUGGAGCUGCGAGCUGCCUUGGUGGACCACAAGUGGGGCAACUUGAAGGGGAUACCGGUGAAAUUGCAUUACGAUGACAAUCGCAGAGUGACUCUGGAAAAACGCGAUUAUUUCUACGCACCUUUGCCGGAGACUCCAUUCGGGAUCGCGGUCACCAUCCCCAAUUACGGGUCCACGUGGAUCAAGGUGGGAGACGAAAUUCGUCGCAAUCAGAACGCGAACGUGAACGUGUCGGCCUUGUUCGCGGGGACGAGGUGGAGGGUCCACCCAGGCUGGGUGUACUGUCGCUUCCAUUACCUGGAGGGCCACGAGUUCGACAGUCCCGAGAACGAGCUGAAGUACUUCCUCUCGAUCCUGGAUAAGCCGGACUGGCAUUGGUCCGACCAGUACGAGGCUUACCCGAUAAUGCCCGAAGGCGAGACCGUAGAGCCUAAUUGCGGAAGACAAGUGCUCUCGGAUGACGACUACUAUUGCAACCGCGAGCUCAUGCAACUCCUCGUCUUCGACGCCAGGGCGACGAAUCGGAGCUUCGCGGGAACUUUCCACCACGUCGACAAGCAGUCUCAAGACCUGGCCAAGUUGUACGAGGUGUCACUGAGGUUUGUCGCGACACAGAGUGGGCUGACCAGGUGGCAGGAGCUGGACACGAAUACGAUGCCGAAGCAGGAGGAGUUUGCUGAAUUCGGGGACCUCCAUCGCAGAGCCGUCAACGAACCCUGGUACAAGGGGGCGAUCUUCCAGCACAACAUCGAUCCAAACAGCAUCUCACUGACGGUACCGUGGGAAGCUGGCGUCAACGCCACGGUGACGGUUUCCCUGGGGAUCUUCCCGAAAGACGGUGGAAAAGAGGCCCCAGCGGCUGUCGUCGGGUUUCAGAUGCCAAUGAAGGCUUUGUACCACCGAUUCAUCAACAUUACGUCGUUUUCCGGAAGGCCAGACGUCAAUUGCCACGAAGAAUGGAUCGACUGCUACCUCGUCGACCAGAAUGGGUACGUCGUCCUGUCGGAGGCUCACAACGACACCGGGCAAUUUCUCGGGACCGUGGAAGGCGCCGUCAUGAAGUCGAUGGUCGAGCAGGGGGUCUUCAAGGCCGUCGAGAUUUACGACUAUCAAGGAUGGUGUUGGUACAUGGUGACCGUAGGUGCCGGAAGUAUCCCGUCUAAUCCGUUCCACGGUGCAUGGAAGCUGCUCGUGUGGACCAUCAUGAGAAUCCUGUGGUUUGCGAUGCAACUAGUAGACCUCCCGGAAGCUUUGGCGAAAGUUAGAGCCGACGAAGACGAGCCCGACCCUCCGCCACCCCGGGAGUGGGCCAGGAGGUACUACCCCUGCGACGAGAAGAGGACCCUGUACAUACUGAACCAAAGUUUGGCGGAAACCGCCGUCACCAAUUCCUCGCUGUACUGCUCGCGGCCGUUUUUCGCGCAAAGGGUCUCGUACACGAAUCUACUAUUGGUAGCGGUGGACACGAUGUACUCGAGCUGUUACGAGCGGUUGGAGGUGCUGCCGGAGGAGAUCUCCCCGUUCGACUACACCAACGGAACCUUCGACAGGCCCUGUCACAAGAUCCCAUUGAACGACCUACCCCGAAGGCGCCUGAAGGUCUGCUUCACGGAGCACCCUCUGGAGCACGAAGUGGAGGCCUGCGGAAGGGGCCUCCGACAAAGCCCCACGUAUCUCCUACCAACGGUCGUGCUUCUGCGAGUCCUAUGUCAAUUUAUUAUGUAAUACACGCUCGCCGCAUGGGCAAUA